AUGCUAGGCCAAGUCGAAGGCACCGCCCUGAUCACCGGGGCUGGCUCGGGUCUCGGAGAGCAGAUCGUUCUGCAACUCGCUGCGAACGGCGUUUCCGCAUUGACCCUACUGGACAUUGAUCCGGCGAGUCUGGACCACGUGCAUCAGGUCGUGCAAGCAAGCCAUCCCGGGGUGCAGGUGUUGGUUGUGCCGACGGAUGUGACCGACGAAGCAGCCGUAGCGGCCGCAUUUGAGAAGACUGUUGCUGCGUUCCAGAGUGUCGAUAUUGUAAUCAAUGCGGCUGGCGUAGGUCAGCCCUUUCAGUCUACGCAUGACCUCAGCAAGGAGGACUGGGAGAAGGUCAUCCGAGUCAACUUGACCGGGGUUUGGCUAUGCCAGCGCGCUGCUAUUCGGCAAAUGCUGCUUCAAGAACCUCGCAGCGCGCGUCAAGGUAGAGGCGUGAUUGUCAACCUCGCUUCAGCGUUGGGACUGACGACUCCCUCGAUUGAACUUCCCACCACAGCUUAUGUGUCUUCCAAGCACGCGGUCAUGGGUCUCACCAAGUCGGACGCCAAAAUAUACGCCGCAGAGGGAAUCCGUAUCAACGCAGUGUGCCCAGGCUGGUUCCGCACUCCUUUGAUACAGUCAGAGCUCGACUCUGGUGCGCUGUCCGAAGAGAUCCUUAGCGCCCCCGUGAAGAGGGUAGCCGAGACCGAAGAGAUCGCCAGUGCCAUCCUGUUCUUAGCAUCUCCCAUGAGCAGUUUUGUCUACGGCGUGGGUCUUAUGGUCGAUGGGGGUUAUAGUUUGUGA